AUGAGCCAACGGCGGCUACAGCAUGAGAUGCACCAGAAGACGAAUUUGCGAAAUGCUUUCUUUGGCUUGAAGAGUGAGCCGCAGGAUCGGCCCAUCUCAGUAGCCACCGAGUUUGUGGAUACGGAUUGGGAUGAGGAGCUGAUGAGCGAAGCCGAGGACAACUCACCUCGCCAUAGCCUGCAGUCGUCGGGCGGCCAACCCAGUAUUACCACCCUCUCAUCAUACGACGAGGUCCACACGCCCGGUUCAGGUCGGAGUCAAGUGUCGAACAUCGUGGGUGGCGUACCGCAUCACAAAACGGUUAUCGAGGGCCCCCGCGGACCACAUCUGUUUUACGCCUCGUCGAUACGAUCUCACGAGGACCAGGCCAUUCUGACCCUGUCGCCCAUUACCCCGAAAACACCCCGGCCGUUCGAGGACGCCAUCAGCAUCACCAUGAUGCACGAGCCCCUCCCGUCGACCCGGUCUCUGCCCCCGCGCCGCAGGAACAGCCCGUUCAAGUUUAGCCGCGAACCCCUCGACACGUCCAACCUCGUCUCCUGGACGCCCGAGAUGGUGGCGCAAUCGAUGCUCGAUGCCGGCAUGGAGUUUCAGGUGGCCGAGCGGUUCGUGGAGAACGACAUCACCGGCGCGAUUCUCAUGACGCUCAAGUUCGAGGACCUGAAGGAGCUGGACAUCCAGUCGUUCGGCAUCCGGACCAAGGUCUGGAACCAGAUCCAGACCCUCCGCGACAGCCGGCCGAGCUCGCCCCGGGCGCCGACCCCGAUCCAGGACGAGCCGAGCAAGGAGGUGAAGAAGGAGAAGCACAAGGAGGAAGGGGGAAGCUGCGGCGGCGGCAUGCAACGGCGCAAGAGCAGCAGGCGGAGGCCAAGGAACCCCUCGCACGACGACAUCAUCUCCCCGCUCGAGUCGGUCUCCAUCGUGGGCAUCGAGCAGGUCAUCCCCAAACCGCACUACUGCAGCAAGGGCGAGAACUGCUCCAAGUACCGGAAGCAGCAGCGCUUGAUCGAGGCCUUCAAGAAGGACCACCCCUAUGCCGACCUCGAGAGCGGUGCCGUCCUGAUCGCCGGCGACCCGGGCAACCCGCUCACGGCAAGGGCGCUGGAUCCGUCGGAGCCCCUGCGGCCCAUUUCAGACGCCGUCCCGUCGGUCGUGGCGUCUUCGGACGUCCUCGGGCCCGGCGGCAUGCCUCCUCUGCAGUACCUGCAGGAGGCGGCUCUUCGCAACGUCCAGGCGAGGGACGCGCAGGAGAACGUGAGGCGGUUCCUCGACUUCCAGCAGUCCGCCUCCAACGAGGUGCCCCCUACUCCUCCUUUCGAGAUCAAGCCCCCCAUGCAAGCUCCCAAGGAAGGCCUGCGUGCGCUCCCCAAACUGUCCAUCCCGGGCGGGCAGUCGGUUCGCGCCGAGCCCACGAGGGCAUCCCAGGCGGCCCAGUCGGCACACCCCCAGCAGCAGCAGCAGCAGCAGCAGCAGUCGUUUGUGCCAUACCGCAUGGAAAAGGCGGACCCGCGUUCGCCUGACCUGCAAACCCCUACCAACCCUUACCGUUUCGGAACUCCCUUCUCCGAGGUGGACGUCCCCGUCACGGCCAUCCCUCUCGAUCGCAUCGAGCGGAACGCGUCGCAGUCGGUCCCGCCCGACAUGAACUACCACCACGUCACCUCGGUGGUGACCCAAGCUCCUCCCCCUCGCGCCCUGUCCCGGACGUCUGCGCGCCGGCCGUCAUUCCCCGUCAUGCCGGCCCUGGAAGAGAACGCGCCCACACCCGUGGCACGGACUUCGCCCAAGACCGUUUCUCCCCAACGGGCUGCCUCCCGGCCUCAGCCACCUCUCCAAGCGCCGCCACGUGCCAAUUACGCCUGGAGCUCCUCCACGUCGGUAGACAAGACCAAAAUCGUCCCGGCGCAGGAAGCCGCGCCGUCCUCGUCGUCCUCGUCGUCCACCGUCGCAACCCAGCCUUCCUCUCUCGCCAGCGCCACAACCCUCACGAGCAGCCCUGACGGGUAUAACGCCGCCGACAACGCCGCCAACGGCAUCGCGUUCCAAGGCCCCAUGAAGAAGCGCAAGACGCGCAUGCUGCGGCACGAGUGGCAAGACGGCUACUUCACGCUCAAGGGCACCCGGCUCGCGAUGCACAAGGACGCGUUCCACAUGGACCGGACGCUCGAGUACGUCGACAUUGACGACUACGCCAUUGCGUGCUCGUCGCUGGCGAGCCAGUCGAAGCUCAGCGCGGCGUUCAAGCGCGUGCACCUGACCUCGGGGAGCAAGGACACCAGCAGCAUCGGGGCGUUCGCGUUCCAGCUGAUCCCGCAGGAGAAGAACGGGCACGGGGUGGCGGCGAGGCUGCGGAAGCGCGAGUCGUCGGGGUUUUACGCGUUUGCGUCGUCGUCGUCGUCGGGGGCGAGCGCGGCGGAGGGGGCGAAUGGGACGGGGAAGACGCAUCAUUUUGCGGUGAAGAAUCGCGAUGAGAGGAUUGAUUGGAUGAGGGAGCUCAUGCUUGCGAAGGCGCUGCGGCAGAAGGGGGAGGGGUUUGAGGUGAGUGUCAACGGGAACAUGAUUUGA